CUCCUCCAUCCAUCAGUUGGUAUUCACUCUCCCGCCUCCCACCGUCCGUCCACUCGCAAUGGCCUCCGCAAUGGCCGCCACCUGCAUGCUCUUAAGGCCGGCUCCCUGCACCGCCUCCGCCUCUCCGGUCCCGGUGAUCCCCUUCCUUCAUCGCCGCCCCCGCUCCUUGACCACGGCCUGCGCUGUCGUCACAACCCCGCAGCAGCAGCAGGGUGCCAUCCAAAAGCAGCAGCAGAAUAGCGCCGUCCGAAAGCACUCCUGGACAGCUGUGCCAGUCUCCGCCAUUGCUCCUGCCACCGAAGACCAAUCAAUGUGCCUUAUCACCCUCGAUCUCUCCGGUGCCCCGGACCUCGUGGCCAUGUACACCACACCAGGGCAGUACCUGCUGACCCACGUCCCCUUACCGGGAGGGCCCCCUCCGGCCUUCAUGUGCAUCUCCUCGGCGCCUCACUCGGGGCUCCAGUUCGAAUUGCUCGUCAGGUCCGUGCCAGGGACCACCUCGGAGAAGCUGUGCAAGCUCCACGUCGGGAAUGUUGUGCAGAUCGGUCCAGUCACGGGGACGGGGUUCGCCAUCCAGAACAUAAAUCCGCCGGAGGCCACGCAGAAGGUGGUCCUGUUCGCCGCUGCAGAGGGGAUCAGUCCGAUUCGUGCACUUAUCGAGUCUGGUUUUUCUGCCUCCGAAAGAGCAGAUGUGAGGCUUUAUUAUGCUGCCAAAGACAUGCAAUCCAUGCCAUACCAGGAGAGGUUCAAGAAGUGGGAGGAAACAGGAGUUAAAGUAGUACCACUCACGCUCCAAAAACAAAAAGUUCAGGAACCUUUCUUGGAACACACACUGAAUGGGAUGAUAGGAAAUCCACUUUCUACCGGAGCCGUGAUUGUUGGACCGCUAAUACUGAAAGAGGUAAUCACCGGAGUCCUUUUAGACCAUGGCGUUCGACAGGAGAAAAUCUUAACGAUCGACUGGAAUCCAGAAAUCGAGCCGUCUACCCUGGAUGCUUUUGGCCUCAACGGUCUAGGUCUUAUUAAGAAAUUACAGGCACCAACAAUGGACACUUUUACAGUGGAGUGAUGAGAAUUAGGAACGUUUAAUAAUGCUUGUCGCAAUAUAGUGGCGCUGGCUAUGUUUGUUUUCCUGUCCCAAGGAUGGUAUAAUAGUUUUGGGAUUGGUUAAUAAGUUGGAACUAGUUCUUAUGUGCUAUGUUAUGUAUGUGAUGGUUUGUUUUUAUAGCCUUGUCUACGUUUGUAGUAAUUGAACGGAACAUUAUCUCUACCAAUAUAUAUAUAUAUAUAUAUAUAUAAUAAAGGAAUAAUGUCUGUUUGUCUA